AUGGGUUUCUGGAAGUCCUCCCCCUUCCUGGCUCUCAGCUUCUUGGUCCUGUACCAGGUUGGCAGCCUACAGGCCGCGCCAUUCAGGUCUGCCAUAGAGAGUAGCCCAGACCUCACUGCACUCAGUGAGGAGGAAGCGCGCCUCCUGUUGGCUGCGCUAGUGAAGGACUUUGUGCAGAUAAAGGCCAGUGAGCUGGAGCAGGAGCAGGAGACAGAGGAUUCCAGCCUGGACAGCCUCAGAACUAAGCGGUACAGUAGUCUGAGUACCUGCAUGCUGGGCACAUACUUGCAGGACCUGAACAAGUUUCACACAUUUCCCCAAACUGCAAUUGGGGUCGGAGCACCUGGCAAGAAAAGGGACAUGGCCAGUGACUUGAAGAGAAACCACCACUCUCCGUUUGGCAUGCCCCAGGAUGCCAACUAA